AUGGAGUUCAAUAUCGAUGACUUACCCGUACUCUUUCCGUAUCCCCGGAUCUAUCCAGAGCAAUAUGCGUACAUGGUGGAUCUGAAGAAGACUCUCGAUGCUGGUGGCAACUGCGUGCUGGAAAUGCCCUCGGGCACCGGCAAGACGGUCACCUUGCUAUCUCUCAUUGUGGCCUACCAGCAAUAUUACCCGACGCACCGCAAGCUUAUAUACUGCUCCAGAACAAUGUCUGAGAUCGAAAAGGCGCUGGUUGAGCUUAAGUCCCUAAUGAAGUUUCGGACAGAGCGGCUCGGGCGCGAAGAAGAAUUCAGAGGUCUCGGCCUCACGAGUCGAAAGAAUCUAUGUCUGCACCCGUCGGUUAAGCGGGAAAAGAGCGGCAGCGUUGUGGACGCCCGCUGUCGCAGCCUCACGGCUGGUUUCAUAAAGGAGAAGAAGGAGCGUGGAGAGGAUGUGGACUUGUGCAUUUAUCAUGACAAUCUUGACCUGCUCGAGCCCCAUAACCUGGUCCCAAAUGGAGUGUGGACGCUCGACGACCUGCUGCAAUACGGAGAGAAGAACAAGCAGUGCCCGUACUUUACCGCUCGACGGAUGAUGCAAUUUUGCAAUGUCAUCAUUUACUCGUAUCAUUAUCUCCUCGAUCCUAAGAUUGCCGAGCGCGUAUCAAAGGAUCUCUCCAAGGACUGCAUCGUUGUGUUUGAUGAGGCCCACAACAUCGACAACGUCUGCAUCGAGUCUCUCAGCACAGACAUCACCGAGGAUUCGCUACGGAGGGCCACCCGAGGCGCGCAGAACUUGGAGACCAAGAUCAGCGAAAUGCGGGAUUCGGACCAGCAGAAGUUGCAGGACGAGUACGAGAAACUCGUCGAGGGGCUCCGGGGCGCCGACGAGGGGCGCCAAGAAGAUGCCUUUAUGGCCAAUCCAACACUUCCGGACGAUCUGCUCACAGAAGCUAUCCCCGGCAACAUUAGGAGAGCAGAGCACUUUGUUGCCUUCCUCAGGAGGUUUAUUGAAUACCUCAAGACACGAAUGAAGGUUCGGCAGGUCAUCUCCGAGACUCCGCCAUCCUUCCUAGCCCACCUCAAAGAAUACACAUUUAUCGAGAAGAAGCCUCUCCGAUUCUGUGCCGAACGGUUGACCUCGCUAGUAAGAACGCUCGAGCUUACGAAUAUUGAGGACUAUCAACCCCUGCAAGAAGUGGCCACAUUUGCAACCCUUGUAGCAACCUACGAAAAGGGGUUCCUCCUGAUUCUUGAGCCUUACGAAUCGGACACAGCUGAAGUACCGAAUCCGGUAUUGCACUUUACCUGCCUGGAUGCCGCCAUCGCCAUCAAGCCUGUCUUUGACCGAUUUAGCUCGGUUGUUAUCACAUCGGGGACCAUCUCGCCCUUGGAGAUGUACCCCAAGAUGCUAGAUUUCCCUACCGUUGUGCAAGAGUCUUACGCCAUGACGCUUGGCCGCCGGUCUUUCUACCCUAUGAUUGUAACGCGUGGCAGCGACCAAGCCUCGAUCUCAACAAGCUUCCAGGUCCGCAACGAGCCGAGCGUAGUGCGCAACUACGGAAACUUACUGACAGAGCUCUCACGAAUUACUCCUGACGGCAUGGUUGUCUUCUUCCCCUCUUAUCUGUACAUGGAGUCCAUCAUCAGCAUGUGGCAGGGGAUGGGCAUUCUGGACGAGGUGUGGAAGUACAAGUUGAUCCUGGUAGAGACGCCCGAUGCCCAGGAGACGUCUCUGGCGCUUGAAACGUACCGCACUGCCUGCUGCAACGGUCGUGGUGCUGUGAUGCUCUGCGUAGCGCGUGGUAAGGUGUCGGAAGGUAUCGAUUUCGACCACCAGUAUGGACGCACAGUGCUCUGCAUUGGCGUUCCUUUCCAGUACACCGAGUCGCGUAUCCUCAAGGCACGACUCGAGUUCCUGCGGGAGACUUACCGCAUUCGGGAAAACGAUUUUCUCUCAUUCGAUGCCAUGCGUCACGCUGCCCAAUGUCUCGGCCGCGUGCUGCGUGGGAAAGACGACUACGGGCUCAUGGUGCUCGCCGACCGGCGCUUCCAAAAGAAGCGCGCUCAGCUGCCUAAAUGGAUCAACAGCGCCCUCAACGAUGUCGAUACUAACCUUAGCACAGAUGUCGCGGUGAGCACCGCCCGCACCUUCCUCAGGAAAAUGGCCCAGCCCUUCAGCGCCAAGGACCAAGAGGGCCAUAGCACAUGGAGCAUGGCCGAUCUCCGCGCUCACCAGGCCCAACAGGCCCAGGACGAAAUCAAGGAGCUCCAGGAACGCCGCGAGGCCGAGGAGCGGCAGAAUGCGCAGGCAGCACAAAAAAAAUCUGCUACCCGCGCAGACAGCGACUAUGAAAUGGACGAUGAGGACAUGGCAGAGCUGAUGGCCCUAGAUGGCAAUUAG